CCGUUCAUACCUCCGCCCUACCAGACAGUGCCGUAUCAGCUUCUUCAACUUCAAUAGCCAUAGAGGUGUGUGCCUGUCUACACAACUCAGACACCUGUCGUCAUUGCAUAUGACAUUUGGCACCAUUUCACUACCUCACACCAUGGUCCAUGAAAUCGUACCGGAGACAGUAUCGGAAAAGUCAGCGGUAGAGUAUUUUAUGGUAAAACCGUGGUUUAACCGUAGUUCAACCGUUAUACCGGUAAAUACCGCAUAUCGGUUUAGCCUCCAAUACUGGUAUUUCGUGGUUGAACCGCCGAUACGGUACGGUUUAAUGGACACUGCCUCACACAUCCUCUCUAACUCUGAUUGUGAUGGCAAAAUUGUUCGAAACCCCAAAACAAAAAGAGAAAUUAAAGAAUAAUGUCCAACACCAGAAAGAAAGAAAAAAAGGUUUAAACCUCAAAUAUACUGUAAUAAUACGAUAAGGUGACAGUAUAAAUACACAUGGAAUGGAGCCAGAGCCAAAGAAAGACGUGUGCUUUCAUCAACUUUUUUCUCGGUUCCUACAGCCAACAUCUCCAUAUUGUCUCACACCACUUUUGGCAGCAAGUUUUCUUCUGCUGCAUUCGACAAGCUUCUAAGGAGGUAAGGUAAACCCAAGCAAACUACUUUUGCCGUAUCAUUCUCCCUCUCUUUCAUGUUCCAAAAAAAGCAGCUUCUUCACUGUUUUGCUUAUUGGGUUCCGCACGCUACUGUUUCUGCAGGUUUGAGUUUUGUCAUAGCUGUGGCAGUCCAAAAAAGCUUCCAUCUUGGGCUCCAUUAGUUCCAGGUCUAUAUUUCUGGUUAUUUCGUUCCCCUGUUCUUUCGUUUGGGUUUUGGUUUGUUUUGGAUGCUUGGGCUGUGAUUUGGUAUAUUAAUGAGUCCUGUUGUUGCUUUAGCAUUGUGUUUAACUAUGGUGAUCAGAUCAGUUGUUGGGUUUGCUCAUUAAUCCAGAGUUUCUAACCAAUUUGUUCCAAUUACUGGACCAUUGGGAGAGGUUAUUAAUCGUUGUAGGGAUCUUACAUAAUUAUCUUCCUCUGUAAAUUUCUCCCUAACAAAAGUCUGGCCAUCAUGCUUGAAGUUUGUACCAUACUAAAUCAACUGUUAUUUAUCAACUUUGCCAUGAUCUGAACAUGUUAGUCAAGGAUCAGUCCGUUGCAGUGCCUCGAAUUGUCGGCGAGUUAGAACGAUGAAUUUUGUCCUCAUUACAGGAACAAUGCUUGUAAAUUUGCCGUCUUUCUGGAAUCUGAGCUAAUUUGAUGAAGAAAAAUGUUACUACCCAUGUGGUUGAUUUCUUAAUUUUUACACUUACUCUUCCUUUGGUUUGCAUCUCUGACUGAAGUUCCGAAUGCUCCCGUUUUAGGUGACCGUUGAAUCAGCACCAGAAGGGAGGCAUUGUGUGAUCAUUCAAACGAAGAUGGUAGAUUCUGUUGUGGAUAAACUAGCUCCAACUGAUAUCAGCUCAUCAUCAUCCGCAGUGAAACUUUAUGGAACAUAUGGAAUUCUGGUUUCAACUGUUGCUGCCAUACUCAUCCCAAUUCUACUAUCUCUCAUGGUCAUGGCCAAGAAAAGGACCAAACAAAGAGGAGUGCAAGUACAAGUUGGUGGUGAGCCUGGGUAUGCAGUCCGAAAUGCUCGAAUUCCAGAGUUGAUUGAAUCUCCAUGGGAAGGAGCAGAAACAUUGGCUGCUCUAUUCGAGCAGUCUUGCCAGAAGUAUGCGAAGCAGAAGUGUCUUGGAACCAGGAAGUUAGUUGAAAAGGAGUUCGUUACAGCUAGUGAUGGAAGGAAGUUUGAGAAGGUUCACUUGGGAGGCUAUGAGUGGGAGAGCUAUGGACAGGUUUUCGAUCGCGUCUGCAAUUUUGCUUCUGGGAUGAUUCGGUUGGGGCAUGAUGUUGGUAGCCGUGCUGCAAUCUUUGCUGAGACCAGAGCUGAAUGGUACAUUGCAUUUCAGGGAUGCUUUCGUCAGAAGAUAACUGUGGUCACUAUUUAUGCUUCUCUAGGUGAGGAUGCGCUGAUCCACUCGCUCAACGAGACUGAGGUAUCUACACUGAUAUGUGACUCAAAGCAACUGAAGAGGUUGGCAGCAAUAAGUUCAAAACUAACUACAGUCACCAAAGUCAUCUAUUUUGAAGAUGCUGGGAAUACUGAUGCUAACAUGAGUUUAGAUGUGGAUAACUGGAAAGUUUCUUCCUUCUCUGAAGUUGAGAAACUGGGGCAAAAUGAGCCUCUUACUCCGAACUUUCCUUCCAAAGAUGAGAUUGCCGUUGUCAUGUAUACAAGUGGCAGCACUGGUUUACCCAAGGGGGUGAUGAUCAGUCAUGGCAACAUUGUGGCCACAGUUGCAGCUGUUAUGACAGUGAUCCCAAACCUUGGGAGCAAUGAUGUGUACCUAGCUUACUUGCCACUAGCUCAUGUUCUUGAGCUUGCAGCUGAGUCUGUAAUGCUGGCAGCUGGCUGUGGAAUUGGAUACGGGUCAGCAUUGACCUUAACAGACACUUCAAACAAAAUCAAGAAGGGAACUCCAGGGGAUGUUACUGCCCUUAAGCCAACUCUCAUGGUCGCUGUUCCUGCUAUAUUGGACCGUAUUAGAGAAGGCGUGCUGAAAAGGGUAGAGGGGAAAGGAGGUUUGGCAAAGAAGCUUUUCCACAUUGGAUACAAAAGACGGCUGGCAGCCGUAGAAGGAAGCUGGUUUGGUGCAUGGGGACUUGAGCGGAUGCUUUGGGAAGCCAUUGUUUUCAAACCAAUACAAGCUUCGCUUGGGGGAUGUCUUAGAUUCAUGCUUUGUGGUGGAGCUCCUUUGUCUGCAGAUUCACAGAGGUUCAUCAAUGUGUGCAUGGGGGCUCCCAUUGGGCAAGCAUAUGGUUUGACAGAAACUUCCGCUGGAGCUGCAUUUUCCGAAUGGGACGACACUUCAGUAGGUCGCGUUGGACCGCCUGUUCCUUGUGCCUACAUCAAGCUUGUUUCAUGGGAAGAAGGAGGCUAUACAAUAGCAGACAAACCGAUGCCAAGGGGAGAGAUAGUAGUUGGGGGAAACAGUGUAACUGCCGGUUAUUUCAACAACAAAGAAAAGACUGAUGAGGUUUACAAGACCGACGAGAGGGGAAUUCGCUGGUUUUUCACAGGUGACAUAGGGCAGUUUCACCCUGAUGGAUGCCUCGAGAUCAUAGAUAGGAAGAAGGACAUUGUUAAGCUUCAACAUGGAGAGUAUAUCUCACUUGGAAAGGUUGAAGCAGCUCUAUUGACAAGCAACUAUGUAGACAACAUCAUGGUGCAUGCAGAUCCACUGCAGAGCUAUAGCGUAGCUCUGAUCGUUCCAUCACGACAAGUGCUGGAGAAAUGGGCUCAAGAGGCAGGAAUCGACCAUCGGGACUUCGCUCAACUGUGUGAGAGAAAUGAAGCUGUUGAUGAAGUUCAGAAGCAACUUUCCAAGGUAGCAAAAGCUGCAAAGUUGGACAAGUUUGAAACUCCAGCAAAGGUGAAGCUACUCCCGGAACCAUGGACACCAGAGUCGGGAUUAGUGACUGCAGCUCUCAAGAUAAAGAGGGAGCAGCUGAAGUCUAAGUUUAAAGAUGAUCUCCAGAAGCUCUAUAAUUGAAUCGACUGGCUUAGACAGACAGGUUUCAUGGCUUCAACUGUUAUAUUCGAUAGCAACUACUUGAGGGUUCUUGCAACAUUAUCUAGAUCUUCUACAGAUGUCUGUUUUUGGUGCUUUUGAGUUCUGAGAAGAGAUGUUUCAUGUGAAACCAUUCUGCAACACUUUUGGCUUUCAUAGAUUCUGAUGACCUAAAUUGAAUGGCUCGAAAAGCAAUUUUCAAGGCAGUACAUGUGUUCAUAUCUCCUGCCUUAGGGUUUGAAUUUCUAACCUCUAUACAAUCAAACAACUAUCUCGGAAUUACAACUUCAGCCAUCAGGAAGUCGACACUUGUCCUCCCUAAAGCAAGAAGUCGCUCAGCUCGAUUCGAGACGGGUAGCCAAGAGCUUGAUAGAUUCUUCCUUGAGCCAUAUCUGAAAUUGCUUUCACAGCUGUGCCGAGAAUUGAUUUGAAUGUAGAGAAGCAAAGCUUCAAAUUUGGAUGUCUACUCUGGCUCUGAACGGGUUGCAAGUUCUGAUAAUGAUGGCCGUAGGACCAAAUAUAAAGCUGGACCCAGG